AUGGCUAACUGUGAAUCAUCAGUGAGUUCAAGUUCUGGAGAGCAGUUUCGGUUAGUUGAUCUGAAACUUCCUAGAUUGAACGACGAGGAAAUCAAAAUCCAAGUGAAGCAAACCCAUGCAAAACAUUACGCACUGGUGCUACGUCAACCACUUCUCGUCUCCAUUUCCCAUAUCCUGGAGCCUGCCACCAAUUUUGUUGAUUCAAUAUUGCUGGACAACAAAGUAUCCAAAAAUGGGACUGAGUUAGAGACUAAUAAUCUUUUAGAGCUUAACUCAACAUUUUUAAAGCUGGAUGCAUUGGUAGGUGGUCAAUGUUUCAGCACUCGCACUCUUCUGGAUAGGGAAGUAGUCGAUGGAGAUAUUGAGUCAGGAGCCUCUAUUCUGCAAGAGUUUUCAAUCAUAUCUGAGCUCAAAACAUUGGCGGAACAUGAUUAUUUCAUGAUUCCUACUCUCAUGGUCCUUACUAAACCCACUUAACCCUUUUUUAAAUGAUAUAGAUUCUUAACACUUCUUACACCUAGUGUGCAAACCAUCAAUUACUUAUUGUUUUUGCCAACUAUCAGAUGGAAAAAACUGCAAACAAUGCUGUGCAGAUGUCUGAUGAGAUUAAUGUUCAUAUGGCAUCAAUGGAUUUACUUGAAUUCUUAUCGGACUUAUCAUGGGAUGCAAAGGCAGUAAAUACCAUGGGUUGUUUCGUUUUCAAAUUUCUAGAGUUCUUGGGGUUCUUGCUUCAUGGUAGUAACCAACCAAUAAUUAAUUUAACCUCAUCAAUGGCAACCUUAAAGGAAAACCAUAUUUCUCUUGUGGGCUCCUCACUUGAGAAAUUUCAAGUACCGCUUGACCAGCUUAAUAAUCUCAUCAAGCUCGCAUUAGAAGUGAUUGAAUACAUCUCUAAAUUUACGUUGUUGGCCGACACAGAGUACAACAAAGAAAACCUCUUAUCAAUGUGUGCACAUUGGGCAAUUCUAAGUGUGGUAGUUUGCUAUGUUCAAGUCACUUUUCUCAUGCACAAUGGGUAAGUUCUUAUUUCUUUCAGUUCCAACUUUCAAAAGGCCCAUAUUUAAGUAUUUUUAACAUGAAAAAAUGUAGAAAUGUUAUUGAACUGCUUAAUCUAGUAGUUCACUAUGUUUUUCCCUUUGAUAUUUUGAUUUCAGUAUAUUAUUGACUAAUCUAUUUGUCUUCUUUGAUCUCCCAUAGCAAAAUAAUAAAAUAAUUAAAAAUUAGAAACAAUCAUAGAGAAUAUAUAGAUUAGCAAAAACUCACAUAUUAUUAAAAAGAACUACACCAUUACAUCACGGUGAUAUUGU